UCCCAUCAGUUGUGUCCCUUUGUUUCAAUUACGCCAUUAUAUCGCACUUGUACAAGGAAAUGAUGCUGAUGAAUAAAAUUCACAUUUUCAUACAUUUUAUUGCUGUGUCAUUAGGAUACACUGACGUGUAUCAAAUAGAUGACAGAAGAGGUUUUGGUAGACGCUUUGACGGAAUAGGAGGGAUUAGUGGAGGAGGGGCGACAUCCAAGCUGUUAAUAAAUUAUCCUGAGCCACAGAGGAGUGAAAUUUUGGACUAUUUGUUUAAGCCGAACUUUGGUGCUUCUCUACAUAUCUUGAAAGUGGAGAUUGGAGGAGAUGGGCAAAGUACAGAUGGGACAGAAGCUUCGCACAUGCACAAUGCUGAUGAUGAAAACUAUCAGAGGGGAUAUGAGUGGUGGCUAAUGGUUGAAGCUAAAAAGAGAAACCCUGAUAUUAAGAUCUAUGGGUUACCAUGGAGUUUUCCUGGCUGGUUGAAUCCCAUGGGUGAGAGAAAUCCAUACAGGUUUCCAAAACUGACGGCUGGAUAUGUCAUUAAAUGGAUUAAAGGAGCUGCCAAGUUUUAUAAUGUUACUGUUGAUUAUAUAGGGAUAUGGAAUGAGAAGAAAUAUGAUUCUACGUAUAUCAAGACAUUAAGGAAGGAAUUAGACAAGGCAGGUUUAGUGCAUGUAAAGAUAGUAGCUCCUGAUGCCCCGCAUAUAAAUGACUGGCAGAUUUCAGCGGACAUCCGUAAAGACCCCGAGCUUGCUGCUGCUGUAGAAUAUAUAGGGUCACAUUAUCCAGGGACAAUCACCACAAAGGAUGGUAUAAAGACAGGCAAACCUUUAUGGGCUUCUGAGGAUUACAGUACUUUUAAUGACCUUGUCGGUGGAGGGUGCUGGGCUAGGAUUCUAAAUCAGAACUUUGUGAAUGGAAACAUAACUGCGACUAUAUCUUGGAACUUGAUUGCUGCGUAUUAUGACAGUUUACCAUUCACAAGGGAUGGACUUAUGACUGCAGAGAGUCCAUGGUCAGGCAGUUAUGUUGUAGAAAGUCCUAUAUGGCUUGGAGCUCAUACAACACAGUUUACACAGAUUGGUUGGAAUUAUUUUCGUCAUGGUUACGGUAGUGGCCAUUUUGUUUAUGGAGGAAGUUAUGUGUCCCUUGCAAGUCCUGAUGGGAAACAUCUCACAAUUAUCAUAGAAACUAUGAGUCAUGACCAUUCAAAAUGUAUCCGACCACCACUACCUCAAUAUAAUGUGAAGAAACAGACAGUCAAAUUCCAGAUCAAAGGACAAUUUGUAAGU